AUGUUCACUUUCAUCAUUAUUUUAUCUAUUUGUCUUUUAUACAUAUCUCUGAAAAACAAACUGAUCAAUGUACAGCUUUCAUUAACAAGUUUAGAACAAUAUGAACAAGUAUACAUUCAAUAUGCCGAUACUUUGAGUUGUCCAUGUAAUGAAAUCUCAAUAAAACAUGGAGAACUUGUUAAACUGGCACCAUCCUAUCAUGAAGUUUGUUCAUUAAAUUCUUUAAGUGAAGAAUGGAUUCAUUAUUUAGCCGAUACUGACAGUACAGAUCUAUCGGGACUUGAUACAGCGGUACCGUUUCAGUUUCAAUUGCUUAAAUCACUAUGUCGAUUAUCACGAGAAGCAGUUUAUUCGAGUUUGAUACAAUUGCACUCAACAACACGGGCCAACAAUCAACUGAUUUCAAGAGAUUCAUUCCAAAAACGAAUUGAUAAUAUGUGCUGUCUCAACAACUUAUACAACAAAUUGGAACCAUCUUUUUAUUAUGAAAAAGAAUGGUGGCCAAUAUUUUUUACAUCAGAAGUCUAUAAUACUAGUUCAUGUACAUGUGCAGCUUCGUUACACUGUCUAAAACCAGCUACAAUCGAUGACAUACCCAUUGCUGGCUUCUUUGUUGGUUGCUAUCCGAUUGAAGCUAUACUACACUCGGCAUCGGAAUGUGUAUAUAAUAGAACAUGUAUUGAUUUAAUUCAAAUGAAUGCUUCUGAAACGCCCAUAGCGAUCAAAAUGAGUCUUUUACAAUCGAAAUAUAAAUAUGAUAUCAAUGAAACUGUUCAACAUAAGAUUGACCGAUUAUUCAUUGAUGAGUGGAGAAUCAAUCAUUCUUAUGAAAAUUAUUCUGACAAAUGUCACUCAAUGGAAUGCACUUCAUAG